AUGAAUAAGCUUGCAAACAUGCGUCACUGGUCCGAGAGGAUGAGUCCCAACUUUGGCAUGUCGUCGCGCCCAAACAUGCCCAUGGCUGCCAUCAACCCUCAUCAGAAGGUCACUCCGCAAGGCGCACCGCCGAUAGCUCCCCCGCAGGCCGCUGACUCGUUGAUCCAUUACUCCUUCAACAUCCCCUUCGCUUCCGACCUGACCGGCCCCAACACCGAGGACAUUCUGCAUGCUACCACCGAUGCCGUGCUGCGAUGGACACACCCCGCCGAGGCCCCGGACGACGUCCCCGUCUACGAGUUGCCCGUCCAUGCCGAGAACCUCACCAACCUGCGGAUGAUGUGUAAGAGCAUAUCCAACAGCGGUCUGCCAAUUGAGGCUCAUGCCAUCUCUACGACCCCCAAGCAUGUAAAGGGACAAGUGACAACCGUCUGCCUCUCCGGCACCCCAGACAUGGUCUAUCGAACUCGGGACUCUAUCCUGAACGAGACGCCGCUGUCUCUUCGCUGCACAACUGUAGAUAUAGAUGGUGAUAUGGUUGCCGAUCUCAGUGUAGGCACUCUAAAACGGGCGGUUACGGACACUCUCGACACCAUCUCCGAGUACUGCGGUGUGGACAUCUUUCUGCUCGGCCCCAAGCUGACGCCCGUCGUUGACGGUCUGAAUGGCGACGUGGAGAUCCGGAGGGACCAACGCUGGAGAGUUGCCAUCUACGGCGAUAUCCUGUCCACGGAGCACGCCAAGACGCGUGUUCUGAUCCAUAUCGACAGAAUGCUUGGCCGAAUCGUGGACGCUUUAAAGUGCGACUUUACUGUCCAUCAGCUCAUCUGUGGCCGCAACAGGAAGAACAUAAAAUUGCUAGAGUCGACUACUUCGACUGCUAUCUACUUCCCUCCUCCGUUCUCGCAGAUCUUCCGGUACUGCCCCAAGAACGCAAAGCCCCGGGAUCCCCACGAGAUUUUCAUCACAGGAGACAGCCCACAAAACAUUGAGCUCGCCAAGAUUAAGCUCCACGAGAUGCUCUCCCGAAUCCGCCUCUUUGUCAAGGACGUGGUGAUUCCCUCGGAGAAAAUCGACAGUAUCUUGCUGAGCCGAAUGGACAAAGUUCGGAAAAUCAUCGAGAGCAACGGUACCUUUAUUGUCUUCCCACCUCUCGCUUCUAGGCAAAGCACGGUUCGGAUUCAGGCAACUGAGAACCUACACGCUGAGCGCACCGCUCGUGAGCUGAUGGCUCUUGUCGGACAAUUUUACAGCGGGUUCUGGGCCAUUGCUCAGCCAGAUGGUCGAAGACUUCCAGAGGACAAUGAUAUCAGAACCAUGCUUGGCGAUAUCUGUGCCAACUCUGAUGCCGACAUCUCAUUCCAGCGACUCUCUUUCACCAUCACCGGAUCGGAUGACGCGGUAAAGGCGGCCUUGAUGGUUCUCUCGCAAAUAAGAUUUGUGGCACAGUCACAGUACACGAUCAGGGUGAAAAUUGAGCUUGCCAACGAGCACAAGGAAUUUGUCAGCGGAAAGAAGAAUGGCAAGAUCAACAAGAUCAUGGGUCAGAGCAAUGUGCAAAUCAUGUUCGAAAAUUUCGGUGAAUAUAACUUCAACAUCGAUGUCAACGCUACUUCGUACGAGUCCAUGAAGCAGGGCUUGUCCCUGGUGGAGCAGGAGAUGCCAGCCUCAAUCUCUUUCCAUGUACCUGACCAGUAUCACAAACGUAUCAUUGGUAUCGGUGGACAGCAUAUCCAGCGAAUCAUGAAGAAGCACUCCGUCUUCGUCAAGUUUUCCAAUGCCAUGGACCGUGGCGGAAUGGGCCGGGAAGAUGAUGACAGCCGCGUGGACAAUGUUAUUUGCCGCACACCAGCUCGCAACGCCCAGAAUCUCGAGCUUGUCAAAUCGGAGAUUCUCGAGAUGGUCGAUCGAGUUGACUCCGAGUUCACUUCGCAGAUUGUCAACGUUGACCGCUUGUACCAUCGCCAGCUUCUUGCCCGUCUCCCGGAGAUCGAGGCUAGUGACGAGGUCACUGUCACCGGCCCACAGUGGCAGGUGCCGCAAUGCGUUGACGAAUUCUUGGGCAUGGUUCCUGACAACCAUGAACUUGUUUUGAAACGCACACCGGAAUUGAUCAAGUACCUCGAAUCUCCCGAGUUUGCCCACGAUCUUGUGCCCAAACUCAAGGCUCAACACGAGGUGGAGGUUACUGUGCAUCAGAAUGCUGAGGAAGUUACCGAAGACAAUGGUCCAACGGUUACUCUGCUAUGGACCUUCACUCGCAACAACGCAGGCGGUCUGCGGGACGCAAUCGACUUCCUUCAGGGCCAGUUUGCCACCGCCGCUGUCGAGACCACCGUGGUGAAAGGCUCUCUCCCUAGGCCCAAGUCCGAUACAUUCGAGGAGUCUCUUCAGUACUUCGACUCCAAGUUGCUUCAACACGCACCUGCGCCGGUGGGGACCGAUUCCCCCACAAAACCCGGAUUUGGUGAUGAAGUCGCUCGUGAGCGGAGCACGAUUUUCGACAGGCUCCGGAAGCCCGGAAGCAUGUCAUCUAUCUCAUCUUUCCUGGACCGCAGAAAGAAUAGCUCUCACUCUGCGAACAACUCCUUUUUCAAGGGGUCGAGCAAUGUCUCCAAGUCAUCGCUCAUUUCCAUCGAAUCCACUCGCAGCUUCAAUGCUGACCGCAACCCGUGGAACGAUAGCGGGGUGAAUCUUCCCGAGGAGGAUAACCCGUGGUUGCCUCGCCACCACAUCAAGGGCGUGGAUCACAAUUUGCACCCAAACAGCAUCACUCAGGCAGGUGAUGCUACACCGCGUCACAAUACCCGACAGUCCGCUGAUAGCGGUCGUCCUUCGACGUCUCAUUCUACAAAUUCAGGAUACCCCGGUCCAAUUGGACCUUUCCGUUAG